UUCCACGUGGUGAACAAUAUACAUCAUUCGCAACUCGGAAUCAACAUUAAACUAACGUUGAAACAAUAAUAUAGCAAGCGCAUAAACAUGGGAAUACCAAUUAAAUCUUUGUUCAUGGUAUAUUCUAUUUGUUCAUUUGUGUACGGAUUGUCAGAUAUAAAAACUGUGCAAGCUAGAACAAAAGAGAAAAACACCAUUCCGAAGUCCGAAUGCUGCCAAAACAAAGGAAUUUGUAUUCUUGGAUCUUUCUGUGUCUGUAAGAAGAAUCAUUUUGGUCGACAUUGUGAGCACAAGAUAGAGUUUAAACCUUGUGGACAAAUCCUUCAUGGAUCGUGGAUUAAAGCCGACUGUAAUCUUUGUAAAUGUUUUGAUGGGAAGAUGUCGUGUAUACCACGGAUUUACGAUGGCUGUGACUACGAUAAUAAAUUACUGGACAAUACAGCGACAACAAAAGACCCAUUAACGGCAAAGGACAUCAAAAUCCUUAGCAACGAUAGAGACUAUCAAGAUGUUAGAAACGUAGGAGAUUACAAUAUAGAAGAUUAUUACUAUGAAGACGACCACAACACUUCUAUCGUCAUCCGUUUUAGUUGUCUCCUAACUUGGAUGUCAGUCUUCGUCGCAACCUUCAUUUUUAGAUGAAAAGGGUGCUAGCAACAUUAAUACUGAUGAAACAUGAAGCUCAAGUGCUUUUUCGUGAAGUACUAUAACAUACUAUACAGAGGGCCCAGAAGCUCGGUAGCUUUUUCGUGAAGUACUAUAACAUACUACACAGAGGACCAAAAAGCUCGGACGUUUUUCGUCAAGUACAAUAACGUACUAUAAAGAGGGCCUAGAAGCUCGGAUGCUUUCUGGCUAUAGUACUAACGUACUAUACACAGGUCUCAAAAGCUAUGAUGCUUUCUCGUGACGUACUGUGACAUACCAGAGGGCCUAGAACCUCGGAUACUCAUGCGCUUUCUCAUGAAGUACAACUCUCAUACACGAAAAGAACAUUUCGCCUGAGCGAAAUCCAAUACAAUGCAAAAAACCGUGUAUGAAAUCUGGUUUAUAAAGCUGUUAAUAAACAGAAGUAGACUUGGAGACUGCAAUGUACAGAAAUGUAUAAGAAUAGAGUGAAAGUCAUAGUUAGGAGGGAUUAAAACGCAUGUUGCGAUGAAACAAUUGUAUAAUAAUUGCCAGAUUGAAUAAUUGCUAUACUAGGAUUCUACAAAGGAACUUUAAUGCCGUUUGAAUGAUAUAAUCACUGGCGCAUUUAAAGUAAAACUGUAACUAACAUCUUAUGAACAUUAAGUAAACAGACGCUUGUAGUAGGAACAAAAAAAAUGGUAAUCGAAAGUAUACAUAUUAUCAAUAA